AUGAACACCAAGGUUUCCAGAUACUACUUCAGUGAUCCAUGUGCAGCAGACGACCGUAUCACUACAACAGAAGAGAUGUCUCUACAUAUUUUCGUCGGCGCCAGUACCUUAUCAUAUGGUGCUACAGCCUACCUGUGUACAUCAAACCAGUCUACCUUUGUUAUGGCAAAGACCCGUGUAGCUCCAUUGAAGAAACUUACGUUACCCCGCCUAGAACUUAUGGCAGCUGUCGUGGGUUCACGCUUAGCCAGCCAUCUCCAGUCUUCAUGCAAUAUUGGUUCAAAUAAUACCUACCUGUGGUCUGACUCCCAGAUUGUUCUACAUUGGCUACAAACCACCAAAUCAUUGAAGCGAUUUGUGAAACAUCGGUUUGAAGAGAUUCAACAACUUACCUGUUCCCGGAAUUGGAAAUAUUGCCCCACCCAAGACAACCCAGCUGACUUAAUGACAUGCGGUUUAUCACCGAUACAGUUUACCAACAGCAAGAUCUGA